AUGGCAGGCUGGGAUGUCGAACAAGAGAGGGCCUCAGAUGUUCUCGAGGAGGCGAUUCCGCAAUCCGACAUGGCUGGCGGCAACCCACCAGCCUCGAAUCGCGCGCCGAAUGCUACUUAUUCCUCGGUCCCGCAAAACGUCACCACCCGCGUCGCGUUCGUACUAAUCGACGGAAUCGGCGACGUGGCCGUGCCGUCGCUGGGCGGCCUGACGCCGCUCGAGGCGGCACAUACACCGAAUCUGGACGCGAUCGCGGCGGCGGGAGUCAACGGCCUGAUGGACCCCGUGGAACCCGGGCUCGCGUGCGGCAGUGACACGGCGCAUCUCUCUCUGCUGGGAUACAACCCGCGCCACCACUACAGGGGGCGGGGGGCGUUUGAGUCCAUGGGCGCCGGCAUUCCCAUGCAGCCUGGGGACAUCGCGUUCAAGAGCAACUUCGCAGUGUUGGACGAGGCAUCGGGGAUCGUGGUGAAGCGUAGGGCGGAUCGGCACUUUGAGGAGGAGGGGCCAAUCCUGUGCCGCCACCUGGACGGACUCAAGAUCCCUGGUUUUCCGGACUACCAAGUCAGCAUCAAAUAUGCCACAGAGCACAGGUGCGGCGUGGUGGUUCGGGGCCCGGGCCUAUCGGACAAAAUCAGUGGCACCGACCCUCUGAAGGACGGGCGGGCGCUAGGUGUCGCGACGCCAUUGGACGGCAGCCCGGAGGCAGAUCUGACUGCUUGUGUGGUGAACGCUCUGAGUGAUGCGAUCCCUGCAGAAUUGAAAAAUCAUCCAAUCAACGCGCAGCGGGCAGCGCAGGGAAAGAAUGUGGCGAAUGUGGUUCUACUCAGGGGCUGUGGAAUCAGAAUUGAGGGCUUUUCUUCCCGAAUCUUACCUCACACAUCCACCUCCCUCCAGGUGCCAACAUUCAAGGACAGGCAUGGCAUGAGAGCGUGCAUGGUGGCCCCAACCAAGAUCAUCGCAGGCCUGGGACUCAGCCUCGGAAUCGACAUCCUCCACGUACCUGCAGCCACGGGCGACUACCGAACCUGCCUCGCCUCCAAAGCUGAAGCCGUAGCUGCCGCCCUCUCCACCGUACCUCCCCCUCUUCCUCCAUCCAAGACCAAGCCAACCAAUCAAACCGACCAAAACGGUCGGAUCGAUCCAAUCGCUCCGUUGAUUCAAUCUGCACCGUUGAUUUCGGUUCCUGGGGAAGAUGAUCCGAGAGAAGGGUGCGGCGAGGGAUAUGAGUUUGCGUUUCUGCACAUCAAGGCUGUGGAUGAUGCCGGACACGACAAGGCCGUUGAUCUCAAGGUGCGCGCGCUGGAGGCCGUUGAUCGCAUGGUGGGACAGCUGGCGCACCGUUUGUGGCUGGUGCAGAGAGAAGGGGAGCGGGAGGAGGAGCAGCAGCAGCAGCGGCUAAGGUUCUGCCUGUGUGUAACAGGCGAUCACUCAACGCCCAUUCUGUACGGCGACCAUGCAGAGGACCCAGUGCCCCUUGCCAUCUGUGACCUCUCUGACUUCAUCCAUGCUGUUCCAGGGGGAGAGGCUGCUGUGCUGGGUACUGAUCUGAGCCCCUUCCCCAUCCCCACCGCUGCCACUGUUGCUGCAGCAGAGGGUGUUUCUGGGGCAAACGGUGGAGUGGGGGAGGGAAAAGGGGACGGAGGGAAGGAAGAGGGAGUGGAGACGGUGCCGGGGGUAGCUGGUUCAUUGGCAGGGGAUGGUGUGUCCAGGUUCAGUGAAUCUGCGGCGGCCAAGGGGAGCCUGGGCAGGUUUCCAGGGAGUGAGAUGAUGCGCAUCAUCAAAUGGUGGUCAGGGCGAGGAUACUAG